UCUAUCUGGCAAUAGGUAUUCGAGUAAGUUGAUUUCUACCCGAUAUUUGAUAGUGUCUUACUCAUUUUCGUUAAAUUUCACUGAUCAGAUAUGCAUGAAACAUGAAGAUUGGGUGGUUACAAGUGCUCUCGAGGUGACCGGUGCUUGGAAUCCCACCGAGCACCUUAAGAAACAUGCCCUUGAUUGCUUCAUCACGACUAGCACCGUGAUGACUGCUGCCGAGUUCCCAGGGAGAGGGAACUACUUUACUCGAGAUACGUUUCUCGAGGCUUUCGCUCAAUAUCGAUGUUUCCUAUCUCUCCCUGCGAUUCAUGCGUGAGGCGGAGCUUCU